AUGUCGCCGAGGGAUCCCAUUCUGGUCCCGAGGACCAACCCGGUCAAAUGUGAGGUUAUUCCAAUCGCGUCCAUGUCGAGUGGCGGGUCCUACGAGAGCCCUCCGUCCUAUCGUUGGACAAUGGGUCAGCCAACGGACAAGCUGCUUCCGUCAUCACAGCCGCCCCGAUACGCGCCCGACAACACUCGCUCCGAAUCAGUCUCCGGCAGCUCGACAUCGAACGGCGCAAUUGCAGAUUCCGACACGGUCAAAAUGCCACCCGCGCUGCGGACCUGGGGCCCGAUUUCGCCAUGGCCCGAGUUCCGCAUCUUUUCGCCCGACAAGAAACACAGCUAUGCCGCUUACCGCGCUGGAACAUUUAGCGGGAAGCGGGGGACAAUCACGAUACGCGAUGGUGCCACCGACGGCCAUGACACCUUGGUGACAGUCGGCAAGUCACCCGGAAUGAGUUUCAUGCGAUCCAUUAUCGUCACAGUCGAGGCUCGCCCGGAACUUCACCAGGAGCAGUUCACCACGACCAUGAGCAGCGGCAGCAUGUUCGUCAGCUCCCGUCAGCGGUGGAUCUUUGAGAUCCCCAUCGUGACCAACGGCGAGCUCACUUGGGAGCGGUUCAGGUGGAACUUCACGGGCGGCAAGACGAUCAAGGACACUGUCGGAUGCACUUGGGGCUACCAGCUGGUUUGGCUGCCCCGGCCGACGACGCUGCCUGGAAUCCGGACCGGUGAUGGGGCACCCCUUAAGCCUCAAGGGGCGGGUCCUCAGAGGCCGGCGCAGGCUACCGGUAGAGGGGAGAUCGUGGCUGUCAUCUCCAUGUGUCUUGCAUGUUGCUCGGCGGAGCCUUACAGGUUCAAGUUCUUCGGGACGGGUCUUCGAGGGACUCUAGGUGAGAAGUUCGAAGUUGUAGCGGUCGCAACGGGGUUCUGGCUUUGCACUCGUUGA